AUCGUCCGGUCGAAAAAAUGCAGCUUGAAAGAGAAGAAUGGAUGAUAGAAUCAGCCAAGAUCUCAUCAUCCCUUCCAAUCCAGCUUACCGUGGAUCCCGCGUGGAUCCGAUGGCUCUCGUUUCAGCCUGGUUCACGGUCUCGUGCGUGUGCGUGGCUUUCCAACCUAAAAAAUGGCAACCAUCGUGGAGUGUAGCGAUUUUUUGCAAUUUCAGGUAUUUCCGAAAGCGGGAUUUACGUAACACUCGUGGGUUCGCGCGCCGCGUCACGCGGGACACAUUGAGAAAGAUGCGGCAGAUGGACGAUAAGAUAAUUUAUAUGCUCAAUACCACAAUUCCCACCGAGUCGUUCAAGGGCCAAGUGGACCCCAGCGCGCAGUGCAAAGACCUGUUCCAGCAGAUAGAAUCCGAGCACGAGCAGAGGACGCAGGCGAUCACGAGAUGCGUGGAGGUCACCAGGGAGAGGGUGGUGCAGUUGAAGGAGCUGAGAGACAAGAGCGGCGACGGGGACCCGACGUUAGUGAAGAAUUUGAGGAAGGAGCAGACCAAACUGAGGCUGCUGCAAUCGGAGCUCAAUAUAGAGGAGGUGAUCAAGAAGCGUACGAUACAGGUCUAUUACGAGAGAUGCCGUGGAUUCUACAAACCACUGCACUUAAACACAUAGAACCUGCGAGUAAUCAGUUCAAGUUAUUGGUAUAUGAUCAUCUGAACGCUAUUCGAAUUGUACUAGCUAUACAUAGUGAUUUUGUAAAUGUUAACGACAAUAAGUUGCUUGUUUCGUGGAUCAUUGUUACUUUUCUUUGGAUAAUGUACAAUAGACGCAGAUUUUCUCACAGGAGUUUGUUGCAAUUGUUCGCUGUAUACAAGGAUAAUUGAAAGUACACAAAUUGUCGAGAUUGUACAUUUAGAUAUUUUAUAUUGUACAGGCAUUAAUUAAAAUGCUUGCUAAAUCUAAUGAGAAUCAGACAUUCAUUACGUAUAUAUACGUAUAGUAUAUAUAUAUACAAAUCGAUGCUCUAAGUGUAAAUAAAAUACAUAAUUUUACAGUAAAUACCUGUAUAUACAAA